UACUAGAUUUGUGGGCCCAGCAAAGUUUCUCAUCUGAAAUCUCUUUUGAGAAAAAGUUUUAAAACCCUAGCAGCCAAGCCAACUAGGGUUUAAGAAAGCCCUAAAACUCGCUCCCGAUUUCUCUGCUUCUCUCACAUAUAUAUACUUUUGACUCAGUUCACUCCAAAACCAUGAGGUUUGUCUUCAAAACCCUAAUUUCAUUGCUCCAAGAUGGUGGGUUUUUUACGAGAUCCCACCAUUGAAGAAGAGGACCUCAAUCAACAGCAACCUUUGAAGCUCGAGAACUCGGACGACCCACUUCCUCUUGACUUCUCUUUUUCCGAGCUUGACGAUUUCUCUUUGUCCUUUGUCGAUUCAAUUCUUGAUUUUGACUCUUUAAUGGAUUUGAUUCAAGAAAAUCCUGUUCUGGAAAUGGAUGAUUCGAAGCCAGCAGACACAGAAAAGGUUGAUUCAGUGAAGAUGGAUGAUAAGGGGAUGAUGGAUAAAGAUGGGUCUUGUGGAGAAACGAAUUUUGGAGAUGGGUUUCAGAAAUUGGGGGAUUUGGGCUCUUCGAUUGAGGAAGAUAUUGGGAAGGUUAGUUUGGAUGGUUUGGUUGUUGCGGAGUCAGGUGUGAUGAGUGAUCAACCAGCGAGUGUUGGUGGGAAUGGUGCGAAGAGCGUUGAAAUAGUGGGUGUUGAUGAGAAUGGUGUAAAGAGUAGUGAAACAUUGGGUAUCAUCAACGAAAGUGGCUGCAAGAGUGCUGAAAUUGUCACUAUAGACGGAGAUGGCCCGAAGAGUGAUGAAACAGAGAGUGAUGGACAUGAGAGUGGUAGCAGUGAAGAUACAGAUAGUUCGAGUUCAUCGGCAUCAUCAUCAUCUUCUUCUUCAAGUAGUGAAGAGGAAGAUGAUGAAGAUGAGGACGAGGGGGAGGGGACUGAGGAACAGAAAAAAGAGGGAGAGAUUGAUAUUGAAGAAGGUGAGAUAAGGGAUUCUGAGGUGGUGGCUUGGAGUGAGGAUGAGGAUGAUGAAGAGGAUGGCAGUGUUACGAAAGGGCCUAUUAGAUCCAAAAACGAGCUUGAGGUUCUCCCUCCGGUUCCUCCAGUGAACGUGACCUUGCAACCACACCAUCAGAUCCUGCCAGUAGGGGUUAUUUUAUCGAUCGUUGGCACCCAAGUCAUCGUGGAAGGUGUAGAGAAGCACAACCCUCUUAAUGAGGGUUCCAUCCUUUGGAUAACAGAAAGCCGAUCCCCGUUAGGGCUGGUGGAUGAAAUUUUUGGUCCUGUCAAGAACCCUUACUACAUAAUAAGAUACAAUUCAGAAAAUGAAGUCCCUGCCGGAGUUGAACAAGGCACUUCAAUCUCAUUUGUACGGGAAUUUGCCCAACAUGUCCUCAAUGACAGCAGUCUUUACAAGAAAGGGUAUGAUGCAUCCGGUGAAAAUGAUGAAGAGCUAUCAGAAGAAGCUGAGUUUUCAGAUGAUGAAAAGGAGGCUGAAUACAAGAGAAUGCUAAAGAUGACGAAGAGAGGCUCAAAUGACCCUAAAGUUGGGAAUAAUAGGAAAAAGGAUAGGAAGAAGUUUAAAAAUCAUGGCGGGACAUGGCAGAAAAGUCGGCCUUCAACCCCACAAACACAAGAGGGGGUUUGCCAGCCACCAACCAACCAAAACAAGCGUUGUGCCCCACGUCCUGCAGCAUCACUGGAUAAUGGUAGUUGCUCAUACUCUUUUGGCACAGGCCAACAAGGUUUUUCUAGUAGCCCCAGCUUGGUUCCACCAUUUCCACAACUGGUUCAGGCCCCGGGUUUUAUUCCGACUUCCAGUGGAGUUUGGACAAAUGGAAUGAUGCCAUGUGAGCAGCAGCAGCAGAACAUGGUUUUUCAUAAUGGAGUUCCAACAAAUGGUAUGCCGUGGAUGCAACAGAAUCAGUUUCAGCAAUCCUAUCAGAUGCCUUUGCCGAACAGAAUGCCAUUUCAGCAGCAAAUGCAGUUUGUUCCGAGCCAGAGUUUACCUCCUAAUAUGGUUUUCCCUGCUGCACAACCAAACUUCUGUGCAGGACCUGCAUUUGCACCUUGGCCUGGGAGUUUGGGUCAAAGUGGUGGCUUCAACCAACCAUCUGGGAUGGGCUUGCAGUGCCAACAAGCUCCCAUAUCCAGGAAUGUGGGAGAACAACCACGUCAACCUUCCAUGUCCAUAAAUGUGGGAGAACAACAGCGUCAGGCUCCUAUGUCCAUGAAUGUGGGACAACCUCGUCCUCUUAUCCCAGGUAACAUUGAAGUUUCUCAGCCUCAACAAUUUAAUCAAGGCGUGCAUCGUGGUCGUGGCAGUAAACCUUAUCACCACAGAGGCGGUGGUCGCUUUGGAAGUGGGAGAGGCCGGAACCAAUCAAAGUGAUUGUUUUGGAGGUGACAGAGGCCGGCAGGAAUCGUAGUGAAUUACGGGGUUAUACCGUGCUUUGCUUACUCCUUUUCUUAAUGAAUUUACUCUCUCUCUCUCUCUCUCUCUCUCUCUCUCUCUUUCUUCUUCUUUUUCUUUUCUUUUCUUUUCUUUUCUUUUUUUUUUUGGAAUGGAAUUGUGGAUAAAUUUACAAUACUCUGAAAGGAGGUGUAAGAAUUUUGAAAUUUUGGUUUACUUACAUUAUCUUCUCCUGGCAGGAGCUUUGUGCAUUAA